GCAUCUGCUGGGCUGCGAGGAGCGGGGUGUGAUGCGGCACUGCGGUUUUGAAGCCGUUACUCCGGCUCCUCCACAGAGGGCAGAAGACUGGGUUGGAGCGCGGCGGUGAUUUUUGUGCCAGGGCUCCCGGAGGCUCACCGAAAAGGCUGGCGGGGCUCAGAAAACUGGAGGCUUAGGGACAUAUUCAAGCCCCCACCCCCUAGGAGGGGAAGGGGGCUGGAGGCGAGGCUUGAGGGCGGCCGAGGCAUGGUGUCUGCUUCGGGGGAAGGGGCGAGCCCUUUCUGUCGUUGGUGAGGGGCAGGAGAGGCUCCGCGUUUCGAAGCAGUUCUAUGCCCACUGCGGGUGGAAGGUGUUGAGCGGCACACGGAGGUCGAGCCUGGAGGCUGUCCGGAACCCUUAACGUGAAAUCGAACGUGGUAUUUCAUUUAGCCCACGUUGGGAUUAAUUCAUUAUAGGCAGCUUCGCUAGUCUGUCUCCUCCAGGAGCUGGGCAACCUUGACGGGCUUUUUUUGUCUUGCUGCUCCAGCCCCUUUUCCCUUCCUCCUCCUCCAGAUGCCUUUUCUCUGCCCCUCCUUGCCCGGUACAGACAUUUCCAGCGCAGGCUUUGGCUCGGGGCUGCUGUCGAAGCCACUUCUUGGGAUUUGAGCUUGUUUUCCUCUGGGGUAUUUUUUGAGGAGGGAGAGUUCUAUUCUCCCCUCCACGAUGGGAUUUUCUUCCCGUGCCAAAUUAGACUUUCAUUGAUUUCUACUUCAUCGUUUAGUGAACAAAUUCCCUAGGCGUAUUUUUGUGGUAGUUCCUUUUUUCAAAUACAUGAGCUGUAAAAUGGAGAACGAAAUUUUUACUCCCCUUCUGGAGCAGUUUAUGACCAGUCCUUUGGUCACUUGGGUUAAAACGUUUGGACCUCUGGCUGCAGGAAAUGGGACCAACCUGGAUGAAUAUGUGGCUUUGGUAGAUGGAGUGUUCUUGAACCAGGUCAUGCUCCAAAUUAAUCCUAAAUCGGAGAGUCAGAGAGUAAAUAAAAAAGUCAACAAUGAUGCCUCACUUAGAAUUCAUAACCUAUCCAUUUUGGUGAGACAGAUAAAAUUUUAUUAUCAGGAGACUUUGCAGCAAUUGAUCAUGAUGUCAUUGCCAAAUGUCUUAAUCAUUGGCAAAAACCCCUUUUCUGAACAAGGCACAGAAGAAGUUAAAAAGUUGCUUUUACUUUUGCUGGGUUGUGCAGUUCAGUGUCAGAAAAAAGAAGAAUUUAUUGAAAGAAUUCAAGGUUUAGAUUUUGAUACAAAAGCUGCAGUUGCUGCACAUAUUCAAGAGGUAACCCAUAAUCAGGAAAAUGUGUUUGAUCUUCAAUGGAUGGAAGUGACUGAUAUGUCUCAGGAGGAAAUAGAACCACUAUUGAAAAAUAUGGCGUUGCAUCUAAAAAGACUUAUAGAUGAGAGAGAUGAACAUUCAGAGACUAUCAUAGAACUCUCUGAAGAACGGGAUGGUCUUCAUUUUCUUCCCCAUUCCUCUUCAUCUGCCCAAUCACCCUGUGGUUCUCCAGGCAUGAAGCGAACAGAAAGUCGACAACAUCUGUCAGUGGAACUGGCAGAUGCUAAGGCCAAAAUAAGAAGGCUUAGGCAGGAAUUGGAGGAAAAGACUGAACAGUUGCUGGACUGUAAACAAGAACUCGAGCAAAUGGAAACAGAACUAAAAAGGCUGCAGCAAGAGAACAUGAAUUUGCUGUCCGAUGCUCGUUCUGCGAGAAUGUACCGAGAUGAAUUAGAUGCACUUCGAGAGAAGGCAAUCAGAGUUGAUAAGCUUGAAAGUGAAGUCUGUAGAUAUAAAGAGAGGCUACAUGACAUUGAAUUUUAUAAGGCAAGAGUCGAGGAAUUAAAAGAAGACAAUCAAGUUUUAUUAGAAACAAAAACCAUGUUAGAAGACCAAUUAGAAGGAACUCGAGCUCGUUCUGAUAAAUUACAUGAAUUAGAAAAAGAGAAUUUACAACUGAAGGCUAAACUGCAUGAUAUGGAAAUGGAACGAGAUAUGGAUAGAAAAAAAAUUGAAGAAUUAAUGGAAGAAAAUAUGACUUUAGAAAUGGCACAAAAGCAAAGUAUGGAUGAAUCAUUACAUCUUGGCUGGGAAUUGGAACAAAUAUCCAGAACUAGUGAACUUUCUGAAGCACCACAAAAAUCAUUGGGCCACGAGGUGAGUGAGUUGACAUCAAGUAGGUUAUUGAAGUUGGAGAUGGAAAACCAGAGUUUGACAAAAACCAUAGAAGAGCUUCGGAGUACUAUGGAUUCUGCAGAAGGUAACACUUCCAAAAUACUGAAAAUUGAAAAAGAAAAUCAAAGACUAAGUAAAAAGGUUGAAAUUCUUGAAAAUGAAAUUAUUCAAGAAAAGCAAAGUCUUCAGAAUUGUCAAAAUUUAAGCAAGGAUCUAAUGAAGGAGAAGUCUCAGCUUGAAAAAACAAUUGAAACACUUAGAGAAAAUUCAGAGAAACAGAUUAAAAUAUUGGAACAGGAAAAUGAACAUCUGAAUCAAACUGUGUCUUCCUUAAGGCAGCGCUCCCAGAUAAGUGCUGAAGCAAGGGUGAAAGACAUUGAAAAAGAAAAUAAAAUUCUCCAUGAAUCUAUCAAAGAAACAAGUAGCAAGCUAAGCAAGAUUGAAUUUGAAAAAAGACAAAUUAGGAAAGAAUUGGAACAUUAUAAAGAAAAAGGAGAUCGAGCAGAAGAACUUGAAAAUGAGUUGCAUCAUCUUGAAAAAGAAAAUGAAUUGUUACAGAAAAAAAUAACCAAUUUAAAAAUUACCUGUGAAAAAAUUGAGGCCUUAGAACAAGAAAAUUCAGAGCUAGAAAGAGAAAAUAGAAAAUUUAAAAAGAGAUUGGAUAGCUUUAAAAACCUUUCUUUUCAAUUAGAAUCCCUAGAGAAAGAGAAUUCCCAACUUGAUGAGGAAAACUUAGAACUCCGAAGGAAUGUGGAAUCUUUAAAGUGUGCAAGUAUGAAAAUGGCUCAGCUACAACUAGAAAAUAAAGAACUAGAAAGUGAAAAAGAGCAGCUUAAGAAGGGUUUAGAGCUUAUGAAAGCUUCUUUCAAGAAAACGGAACGCUUAGAAGUUAGCUACCAGGGUUUAGAUACAGAAAAUCAAAGGCUACAGAAGGCUCUGGAGAACAGCAAUAAGAAAAUUCAGCAAUUAGAAAGUGAACUACAAGACUUAGAGAUGGAAAAUCAAACAUUGCAAAAAAACCUAGAAGAGUUAAAAAUAUCUAGCAAAAGACUAGAACAGCUAGAAAAAGAAAAUAAGUCAUUAGAGCAAGAGACUUCUCAACUGGAAAAGGAUAAGAAACAACUGGAAAAGGAAAAUAAGAGACUCCGACAACAAGCAGAAAUAAAAGAUACCACAUUAGAAGAGAAUAAUGUGAAAAUUGGAAAUUUGGAAAAAGAAAACAAAACUCUAUGCAAAGAGAUUGGUAUUUAUAAAGAAUCCUGCAUUCGUCUGAAAGAAUUAGAGAAAGAAAAUAAGGAGCUUGUAAAAAGGGCAACUAUUGAUAUAAAAACUUUGGUUACAUUACGUGAGGAUUUGGUGAGUGAAAAAUUAAAGACUCAACAAAUGAAUAAUGAUCUCGAAAAAUUAACCCAUGAGCUUGAGAAGAUAGGGUUAAAUAAAGAGCGACUCUUACAUGAUGAGCAAAGUACUGAUGACAGUAGAUACAAACUUUUGGAAUCAAAAUUAGAAUCCACUCUAAAGAAGUCUCUUGAAAUAAAAGAGGAAAAAAUUGCUGCUUUAGAAGCUCGAUUAGAAGAAUCUACAAAUUAUAACCAGCAAUUGCGCCAAGAACUUAAGACAGUGAAAAAGAAUUAUGAAGCCCUUAAACAGAGACAAGAUGAGGAAAGGAUGCUACAGAGCCCUCCUUCAACUUCUGGUGAAGAUAGCAAAUGGGAGCGAGAAAGUCAAGAAACAACCAGAGAGCUUCUAAAAGUAAAAGACAGAUUAAUUGAAGUAGAAAGAAAUAAUGCUACACUGCAAGCAGAGAAGCAAGCGCUGAAAACUCAACUGAAGCAACUUGAGACACAGAACAAUAACUUGCAGGCUCAGAUUCUUGCACUUCAGAGGCAGACAGUGUCAUUACAGGAGCAGAACACUACUCUUCAAACACAGAACGCCAAGCUUCAGGUUGAAAACUCCACACUUAAUUCCCAAAGUACUUCUCUUAUGAAUCAGAAUGCACAACUCCUAAUCCAGCAGUCUUCCUUAGAAAAUGAAAAUGAAUCUGUAAUCAAAGAACGAGAAGACCUGAAAUCUCUCUAUGAUUCUCUGAUUAAAGAUCAUGAGAAACUGGAACUUCUUCAUGAGCGUCAGGCUUCAGAGUAUGAAUCUCUGAUUGCUAAACAUGGAAGUCUAAAGUCUGCCCACAAAAAUCUUGAGGUGGAACAUAAAGACCUUGAAGACCGUUAUAAUCAGCUACUAAAGCAGAAAGGACAAUUGGAAGAUUUGGAAAAAACACUGAAAGUAGAACAGGAAAAAAUGCUGCUUGAAAACAAAAACCAUGAGACUGUAGCUGCAGAAUACAAGAAACUUUGUGGUGAAAAUGAUAGGUUGAAUCAUACAUAUAAUCAGCUUUUAAAAGAGACCGAAGUUUUACAAACUGACCAUAAAAACUUGAAAAGUCUUCUAAAUAAUUCCAAACUAGAGCAAACAAGAUUAGAAGCUGAAUUUUCAAAGCUAAAGGAACAAUACCAACAGUUGGACAUUACAUCCACCAAGCUAAAUAACCAGUGUGAGUUGUUAAGCCAACUUAAAGGAAAUUUAGAAGAAGAAAAUCGACAUCUACUAGAUCAAAUUCAGACAUUAAUGCUACAGAACAGAACACUGUUGGAGCAGAACAUGGAAAGCAAGGAUCUUUUUCAUGUUGAACAAAGACAGUACAUUGAUAAAUUAAAUGAAUUAAGACGGCAAAAGGAGAAAUUAGAAGAGAAAAUUAUGGAUCAAUACAAAUUUUAUGAGCCAUCUCCUCCCAGAAGGAGGGGCAACUGGAUUACUCUAAAAAUGAGGAAAUUGAUAAAGUCUAAGAAAGAUAUUAAUCGGGAACGUCAGAAAUCUCUAACAUUAACACCUACCCGCUCGGACUCCAGUGAAGGGUUUCUUCAACUUCCCCAUCAAGAUAGUCAAGAUAGUUCUUCAGUAGGUUCAAAUUCUCUAGAAGAUGGCCAAACUUUGGGGACCAAGAAAAGCAGCAUGGUUGCACUGAAAAGACUGCCCUUUUUGAGGAACAGACCGAAGGAUAAAGACAAAAUGAAGGCCUGCUACCGUCGUUCCAUGUCCAUGAAUGACCUGGUGCAGUCCAUGGUCCUAGCAGGAGGACAGUGGACAGGUAGUACUGAGAAUUUGGAGGUUCCUGAUGAUAUUUCAACGGGUAAAAGGAGAAAAGAAUUGGGAGCUAUGGCCUUCUCUACUACAGCUAUCAACUUUUCAACUGUCAACUCUUCUACAGGCUUCAGAUCCAAGCAGUUGGUUAAUAAUAAAGAUACUACAUCCUUUGAAGAUAUAAGUCCACAAGGUAUUAGUGAUGGUUCUAGUACGGGAUCAAGAGUUCAUGCUUCAAGACCAGCCAGCCUUGAUAGUGGCAGAACAUCCACUAGCAAUAGCAAUAAUAAUGCUUCACUUCAUGAAGUCAAAGCAGGUGCAGUUCAUAUCCAAAGCAGGCCUCAAAGCCACAGCAGUGGAGAAUUUAGCCUACUUCAUGAUCAUGAGGCUUGGUCCAGCAGUGGUAGCAGUCCAAUCCAGUACUUGAAAAGACAAACCAGAUCAAGUCCAGUGCUCCAGCACAAAAUGCCUGAAACGUUAGAGGGUCGAGCACAUCGCAAGAUCAAAACUGGUUCCCCUGGAAGUGAAGUGGUUACUCUACAACAGUUUUUGGAAGAAAGCAACAAGCUUACCUCAAUACAGAUAAAGUCCUCAAGUCAGGAGAAUCUUUUAGAUGAAGUAAUGAAAAGUUUGUCUGUCUCUUCUGACUUUUUGGGAAAAAGCAAACCAGUUAGCUGUGGUCUGGCCAGGUCAGUAAGUGGAAAAGCCCCAGGAGAUUUCUGUGAUAGACGGACAACUAAGCCCGAACAAUGUGUGAGACCUGUUCCUCAAAGGAGUGAAGAUACCUACUUUAUUAGCUCUUCAGGAAAACCUACACCGAGUACUCAAGGAAAGAUAAAAUUAGUGAAAGAAUCUUCUUUGUCACGACAAUCAAAAGCUAGUAAUCCUUACGCCACUUUACCUCGUGCAAGCAGUGUGAUCUCUACUGCCGAAGGAACUACUCGAAGGACAAGCAUCCAUGAUUUUUUGACCAAGGACAGUAGACUACCUAUGUCAGUUGAUUCAUCACCAGCUACUGCUGAUAGCAACAUCACUGCCGCAUCUAAUGUGGACAAAGUACAAGAAAACAGAAAUUCAAAAAGCAGGUCUAGGGAGCAACAAAGCUCCUAAUUGUAUUACCCACUACAUGCCAUGUGGGCCAAGUGAGAGAAAAGUGUCCUUCAUUUUCUCAGUAUGAAGCCUUUAUUUCUGAAGUAACAAGCCACCCAACUAUAGAAAUCAUUUUUUAAAAUCUUUAAGGAGACUUUAUACAAUCCUGCGUGACUAGAGCAGGCAAGAAAUACAAACCUUCAUUCCUUCCUUGAAUCAAGGAGCACUACUGGAGUCAACUGCCAAAAUUUUUAGAAGGUUUUAGGACUUACUAUACAUUGUACUUGUAAGAUCUACUGAAUAAAGGAUGUUCUCUCGCUAAGGAUCAAGUGUUUUGAGGUUUCAAGAAGUACUCCAAGAACAACCUACUUCUUUCAUCAUUUGUUUAUGAAUUUAUCCAUGUUUGCUUAAUGCUUCUAAUAUUAGCUGAAAUCUAGUCAUUUAUAUUUAGUUGUGUAAAUCUAAAUUAAAUGCUGUAGUAUGUUGUGGAAUGUACUAUAUAUUAAGAUUGAGAACAUUGUUUUGGCAUGCCAGAGCCUUAUUUGGUUAGCAGACUGCAUGUGUUGGUAUUCUUUUUUUUAGCCCAAUUAUUUUGAUGCACUGAAAAAGAAAUUUGGUUUAUAAGUUAAAUCUGAAAAAUCCAUAAUGAUAAGAGUUAUUAAAAAUUACAGUAAUAAUCUAUCCAUAUUCCCCAGUAAGCAACACUAAACAUUCACAUGUGAAUCCAAGUUGUUUUUCUGAAACUUUUUUUAGUAAGGUGAUUUUCCAGCAAAUGGCAUUCCUAAGACAAAGCUGUCGUAUUUUAAUUCAUUUCCCUUCUUUAGUAUUGGGUCAUGUAUGUGUGUUUUUUUAACUUGAGAGCUGACUGUUACUUAAGACAUUUUCUUAUGGCAAAAGUAAUGUAAAUAACACUAUGAUCUGCAUUUUGCCAGGAACUCAUUUAUUAUUAAGGCUAUCACUUAUUAAUAAGAUUUUUUGUUUUCUUUAUAAUAUUACAUUAAAGUUGUUAACUAUUAUUGGUACUUUUGAAAUAUUUGUAUACAUUUGUUACCUUGAACAUUUGAAAGAAGCACAAAAAAGUAGAUUUAGUUAAUUUAACCCAGGGAAACAUCAGUUUUUUUGUAGUUUCAAUUUUAUAUCAGUUUUAUUUUCUUAUGAAAUCAAAAAUAUUCAUUGAUACUGGUUAAUGCAAAUUCAUUAUUUAACAUAAAUACCAGGAUCUUAAAGGUGUAAAAUGAGAAAGACGCUGUGUUUUUUAUUUUAACAGUGUGCUUCUGAGGCUCAUUACCAGCUCUAAAAACUUUUUGGAGUAAUUCCAUAUUCCGGUGUGGGCUCAUGAACUGUGUGUUUCAUCACCAACCUAGCUGCCAUGAGAAAUGUAUUCUCCCUCUCCUUUCCUCUCUCUGCCCCACCCCCUCCUCCUCCUCCUCCCCUCUUUAUCAUUUAUGUAUCUUUUUAUUUUGGUAGGUCAGUAGCAAUGUUGUGUUCAAAGUCUACUUUCAGAAAGACCAUUAAUGAAGAAAAGACAGAUGUAUUGUUGACUAGAUUAAAAGGAAAUUAGCAAACUUGGACUUGCUAACUUAAAUACCACCAUUACCUUAGGUUUUGCCACCGAAUAAUGCUGUAAAGUUAAAUCACUUUUAAACUCUUGGAUGAAAGGUGCUAUGUAAUGUAAAUACAAAGGAUUCUUACUAAAAUACAAAUGUUACACGACAGACAUAUUUAACCUAUUCUGUAGACUUUGAAAAAUCUCUCUCCAUCAUGACUCCCUAGAUUCAAGUAUCAAAUCAAUAAUGGGCAUCAUGGCAGCCUAGAGACACUUGCAUGUAAAAAAUGUAAAUUCCUUUUUAGGUGGAUAAAUGGAAAUAUAGAAAUUAUGUUUUAGCUAAAAUACAGUAAGUGGGUAACUUAGAUUCAUAUUAACUAGCUUCUAAUUUGCACAACUAGGACACAUCCCAGGACAAUUACUGAAAGCUGAAAUUAAUGAGUAGGAGGUGGCCCCGUGAGGGUGAAUGAUCACAGCUUGACCUGCCCAGAACCUCUGACAUAAGCAGCAUAUUGUUUCUUCAAGGAGAAAAUGCUAACGGCAGCCUAUAAAGUACCCCGUGUGGGUAGGCUGCCCCUGAGAGCCAGGUAAAGCAGCAACCAAGGGAACACUUGAGACUGCAAAAGCAGGAAUAUUCUCAAUUAUAUUCACCCCCCUUUUCAUAACAUUUCAAGAAAGGACUAGAAAAUAACCACAUGAGUAUUUUACGUCCUCCGAAAGAUACCACCGGAAGUAAACUUAGAGGAAGUCACUCUUUUUCCUUAAACUACUGCCAGACAAAAUGGUAUGGACAACUAGAAACAAACCAGGGUCUUUCUGACUGGGCCCUGACAUGCUUUAAUUAUCUAUUCUAAAUCUAUACCUAAUCCCUGCCCCACCUACCUACUCCCUCCCCGCCUAAAAAAAAAAACCUGAAGAAUUGAAAAUACAGGGUAAGAGCUUCAGUGGAAAUGUUUGGUCCAAGUUUCUGAGCUGGUGGUUACCAAAGAGUUCACGAAACAGGUUUGUAUUGUAGCACCUUUCAUGCAAGGCAUGGUAAGAGCCUAUUGAAAAGUCACUGUGCAUGUUACAGAAUUGCAGCCACCUCACAAAUGAAAUAUUGCAGCCUGCACUGUCUUAACAGUUUAUGUCAGGAAGUGAAAAAGAUAUUGUACCAAAUCUGGAAUUUCAGUGAGUAAUAAUGUGUGCUAAAUGGCUUGUAUUUUAAGUUACUUAUGAGAAAAGUGGUGAAUUUUUUGUUUUUCUUUUCUGCUACCCUUAGUCCUAAGACGUGUUUUUUAUUUAAGCCUUGAAUUAAUAAUACAGAAGGAGCCCAUUUUAUAAUAUAAACUGUGAUGUACUUGUUGAAAUAUUUGGACAAUGAAAAUGCCUUAAAAAGGAAUGCUUAUGGAUAAAGUUGCACUUAUAAUUCUCUUAACAAAACCUGAUUAUAAAUUGUCUUUUUCUUUUCUCCUAAGGGUUCUCUUUUAGUGUUUGCCAUUGUACUUAUAACUGUUAUUAAAUACCAAAUCAAAUAAUAUAAAAGUUGUAACAUUUCCUUUAAAAGUACUGCUACUGAGAGAUUUGAAUAGCAAAAUGUUUAUUACUUGGCAAUACCUAAUAUCAGCCACAGAAAUCCAGUUUAUAACAAAAGAUACACCAUUGUUUAUCUUUUUAAAAGCAUUCAUCAUUUAUCAUUUUAGUGUUUAACUUUACUUUUUUAAAUUAGGUUGGUUUAACAUUCACUUAUCAAACUGAUACAAAGAAAUAAAACAAAGGCAAUUUUUAUAAGUGGUUAGUAAUCAUUUUAAAAUUAUAAAAUAUAAUUUAGCCAGGUAUUGUUCUUUCUCUUUGUCCUGGAAAACCUAUUUUCACACAUAACUCAUAAGGUUGUUUAGAUUAUCCUAUCCUAAUCAUUUUAGCAUAGUUAUUAGAGAUUUUUGGGAAAAUGAGAAGAGUAUCUAUCAGUUGGCCAAAAAGUCUGUUUGGUUUUUUCCAUAACAUGGUUCUAGUAGUGCUUAGUUGUCUUUUAUUUUUUUUCAGAACAGUUUUGUUAUGUUGUAUUGUGACAGCUGUCAUAUCAGUGUGCAUUAAAAAAAACUUAUCAAAAUUGGUUUUUUGUAUAGCCAUUUUAAUAUUGAGGAUGGAAAAAUAUGCGACAUUUUUGGUAUAUUGUGCUUUAUUAUUUCAAGAAAGGUAAAAAAAUAACUGAAAUGCAAAAAGGUGCACAACUGAUAGAACAUGUCAAAAGUGAUUUGCAAAGUUUUGUGUUGAAGACUUCUCACUGAUUAUGUUCCACGGGUAGGUAAUGAUCAAAUCAAGACCUUGAGAACUUAAUCCUUCUACCAUGAGGGAGCUAGCCAACAUACUCAAAAUAUCCAAAUCAAUAAAGUUACUGGUGAAAAUGAAAAAUGUGUCUUUUAUUUUACUGGAAAAAAUUAAACAGACUUUUUUGGCCAGCCCAGUGCAUUAAUAGAUUGUACAAAUCACCAUUUCAUUUUCACUUAGCCCUUGGAGGCAAAAUAUUACAGGCGGCAAACAGACCGGUGUCCUUGCAGGUCAUUCUUUGCUUUUUUCUAUCAUAAGGUGGGGAAGAGAAGUUACACCACUUAUCUGAGGUCCUCAGUGUCUUUGAUUCUAUUCAUUAAACCUUCAUUUUAUAUGUAAAGCAACCUUAAAGAUACAGUACAGAGUAGGUAGAAACCAGCAUGG